AUGUCUCACCCAGCCAGAAGUGACACGGCUGGCGGAAUGACCGAGAAUACGACCGGGGAAAUCCAAAACCCUCUCGCCGGCAUCCCCCACGACCAGCUCAUGGCCGACGUGGCCACCUAUGCUACCGAAUAUGACCUAGAGAAUAUCCUGCCUCUUCUCAAGAAAGGCGCCCUGGUUGCUCAGUCGCCUUCUAGUAUUGAAGGACUCGCUGAACUCGAUGAUAACGACCGCCGCAUCAUGACCGAGGAGCGUACUCACCGCUGGAAGCACCCCUUUGCACUGUACUACACCAUCAUCUUGAACUCUAUCGCGGCAGCCAUUCAAGGCUGGGACCAGACCGGUUCCAACGGCGCCAACCUGACCUUCGAUGUUCAAUUCGGCAUUCCCAACAGCGGCUGCUUGGACGCAUCUGUGUGCAAGCGUAACCAGUGGAUUGUCGGAUUUAUCAAUGCGACUCCAUACAUCACCAUCUGUAUCUUCGUUGCUUGGCUUUCGGACCCCUUGAACCAUAUCCUCGGCCGCCGGGGCACGAUCUUCCUGGCUGCAAUCUUCAGUCUUGUCGCACCUCUCGGUUCCGGAUUCACGCAACAUUGGGGGCAGCUGGUUGCUUGUCGUGUGCUGCUUGGAAUCGGUAUGGGUCUUAAAGAAGUGACAGUUCCUGUUUACUCUGCUGAAAAUGCACCCACCAACAUUCGAGGAGGCCUGGUCAUGUCCUGGCAACUCUGGACAGCCUUCGGAAUCUUCCUCGGAACAUGCGCCAACCUGAUCGUGGCCAACACCGGUGCGAUCUCCUGGCGGUUGCAGUUAGGAUCUGCCUUCAUCCCAGCAGUGCCUUUGAUUCUUGGAAUUUGGUUUUGCCCCGAGUCUCCUCGUUGGCUGAUGACCAACCGUAACCACAAGAAGGCAUACGCUUCUCUGCUCAGAUUGCGAAACAGUAGUCCUUUGCAGGCUGCCAGAGACCUGUAUUACAUCCAUGCGCAAUUGGAAAUGGAAAAGCAGUUGCUUCAAGACUCUGGAUUCUCCAGGAGCGAUAACAUAAACAUGUUCGUUCGCUUUGUGGAGCUCUUCACGGUGCCUCGUCUGCGACGCGCGGUGCAGGCCUCUGGGAUUGUGAUGAUCGCACAGCAGAUGUGUGGAAUCAACAUCAUCUCGUUUUACUCUUCGACGAUUUUUCAACUGGCUGGUGCUUCCAACAUCGAGGCGCUCCUUGCCUCCUUUGGAUUUGGACUUAUCAACUUUGUCUUCGCCUGGCCUGCUGUAUGGACAAUCGAUACAUUCGGAAGACGAGGCCUGUUGCUUUUCACAUUCCCCAAGAUGUGCUGGACACUCCUGGCAGCUGGGUUCUGCUUCUGGAUCCCCUCCAGCAGCAACGCGCACAUCGGAAUGAUUGCAUUCUUCGUGUAUCUUUUCGACGCGUUUUAUUCACCCGGAGAAGGCCCUGUUCCGUUCACCUAUUCAGCAGAAGUAUUCCCUCUGUCCCACCGAGAAGUGGGAAUGGCGUGGGCCGUUGCGACAAACAACUUCUGGGCCUCGGUUCUCUCGCUGACAUUCCCAUACAUGCUGCGCGCAUUCACUCCCCAGGGCGCAUUCGGGUUCUAUGCAUGCUUGAAUCUGUUCGCGAGUGGUUGUCGCUAUUUUGAAAGUGAUCCCACCAGUAUCUUGAGGAGUAUUGAAGUUCUCUUGAAAUGCACGCGUUGA